ACUUCCUUUUUAUCGGUACGACGAACCGUGAGGUGUGUAAUGUUCGUUUACAUCGUGAAUUAAAUCUUUAGAUAUCGCGAAUUUGGACCUUUCAUCGCUGCAUUCGUAUCACAUUUGUAAUUGCCGAGCAACGCGAUCUCCACUCCAUACAUUGUCAAGAUGGUGAAGAUUAUGAAGACUGGAAAAGUCGUACUGGUCCUCAGUGGCCGGUACGCGGGAAGAAAAGCCAUCGUUAUGCGCAACUAUGAUGAUGGAACUGCAGAAAAACAGUAUGGACAUGCUAUGGUUGCAGGCAUCGAUCGGUAUCCCCGCAAAGUCCACAAAAGAAUGGGAAAGGCAAAGUUGCAUAAACGCUCUAAAAUCAAACCUUUUGUUAAGAUUCUAAAUUAUAACCAUUUGAUGCCAACGAGAUACACAGUAGAUUUACAAUUGGAUAAAGUAGCGCCUAAAGAUCUUAAGGACCCAAUGAAGCGCAAGAAAGUUCGUUUCCAGACACGUGUCAAAUUUGAGGAGAGGUAUAAAAACGGUAAGAACAAGUGGUUCUUCCAGAAGUUAAGAUUCUAAUUGUUUUUAAAUAAAAGUCUGAUAUACAGAUGUAAAAAAAAUGAAUACAAUUUUUUCCAUCACAUAAUCCUAAAGAAUAUAUAAAACGUUUAUAUUUUUAA